AUGUUUUCAUCUGAUAAGGCUCUCACUGGCGUGAUCCCCACAGAAGUUGGUCUACUUAUCAGGCUUAUCAGGAUUACUAUCCCCACUGAGCUUGGUCAGACUGGCCUAGCUGACUACGUUGUAUUUGAGCUGCUACAACUCCAAAACCGACCCCAACCCAACUUGAGCUUGUAUGACAGUGUUCUCAACCAAUCCAGUUUGCUGAUGAGGUUGGAUGUGUCUACUUGGUAUCUUUGUUGCCAUAGCAUUGGCACGGACGAUGGAGUGCACGUUGAUGGUAUCUAUCUUGUUGUGGGUGCUGGUCCUUGGUUUCAUUGUGAUUUGCAUUUUGCAACGUGGAAUCGGGAGGUUUUUCCUUUCUUAGCAUUGGCAUGA